AUGCUGCUGCUGAUGAUGAUGAUGACGGAUUCUUCAAAUAGUGCGAGUGACUUCUUGGCUCUGAAUUUGACUUCUGCUUUCCUGAAUUACUGGACAAGCGGGGGAGAGGAAGUGGGAGCGGUGGCGUCCGUGGACAAGCGGGAGGGGAAGUGGGAGGGGGAGUGUUCCACAACAUUCCAGAACACUCUUAUUUGCUGGAUUGUGGAUUCAUUCGCUAGAAGAGCUCAAAUAAAUGAAUACUGUGUCGACCAUCUGUUUUUUAAUGAAAAAGCUUACGAAGUAUUGGAAAUCGAUCGAUCCGGAUUGUUUUAUAUACCUAUGCAUUUUAGCUGUGACUUUUUUAUGGACUCACUGGUUGUUUUGUCGUCCGUUUGUAUGGAAAAAGGAACAUCCAACGAAGAAAGCGCUUUCACCGAAGAUGCUAGUGGCUAGCUGCGGGAAAAUAUAUGGAUAAUGAUAAACUCAAAAUGAUUUAAUUUACACGACCAGAAUGCACUGCACAAAAAAAAACGGCGCCGACUCUGCCUCCUUGCCCGAUUUUAAAUCGCUUCGCCAUCAAUCAACAAACAAAUUCUUUUACAUUAAACAUUACACUUAAACU